GCUAACAGGCUAACAGCUAGCGAGGCUGUCACUGCCGGACCGGGGGCCGCACGUCCCUUUGGGGGGAAAACAGCCCGCAGCUCGGCCCGCAGCACGACCCGCUGGAUGCCGCGCCGUCGGCCCUUUUACCCGAGACAGGAAGCUGAUGGGUCAUGCACAGUGAGGGGCGGUGCUUCCCCCGGGCCUAGUCGGGAAGCAGCAGCAGCAGCAGCAGCAGCGUCGGUGCCGCUCCCCUAAACCGGACUGUUCCUGGGCUCGGCGGGUGGAGGAGGAUGGCGUUUCACGGCGCCGGAAGGCAGGCUGUCUGUGGAGAUCUGUUCCCGGGCUCCGAGCUGAGCCACAAGUAUUUUUGUGUCAACUCCUCUUGCGGGGCUCCCUCCACGGGCCUCAGCGCCACCCCGUGCCUGACCGGACCCACGGCCCCGGCCGGCACCCCCCGGCACCCCACCGCCCUGGGAGGGAGCACCGGCGGGGGGGCGGCCGUGCCUCAGCCCUACAGCAACCCGGCCAGCGAGGUUCCCAGUCCCGCUGAGAUGGAGCCGGACCGACCCAUCGGCUAUGGAGCAUUUGGUGUUGUUUGGUCGGUGACGGAUCCUCGAGACGGUCGAAAGGUGGCGUUGAAGAAGAUGCCCAACGUCUUCCAGAACCUGGUUUCCUGCAAGAGAGUCUUCAGGGAGCUGAGGAUGCUGUGCUUCUUCAAACAUGACAAUGUUUUGUCAGCUCUGGACAUUCUGCAGCCUCCGCAGAUCGACUGCUUUGAAGAGAUCUACGUGAUCACAGAGCUGAUGCAGAGCGACCUCCACAAAGUGAUCGUGUCUCCUCAGCCUCUCACCACCGACCACAUCAAGGUGUUCCUGUACCAGAUCCUGCGAGGGUUAAAGUAUCUGCACUCGGCCGGGAUCCUGCACAGAGACAUCAAACCUGGAAACCUUCUGGUCAACAGCAACUGUCUGCUCAAGAUCUGUGAUUUCGGCCUGGCGCGUGUGGAGGAGCCGGACCCGUCUCGUCACAUGACCCAGGAGGUGGUGACCCAGUACUACCGAGCGCCCGAGGUGCUGAUGGGCUGCCGCCACUACGGCUCCGCCAUCGACGUCUGGUCGGUGGGCUGCAUCUUCGCCGAGCUGCUGGGACGCCGCAUCCUGUUCCAGGCCCAGAGCCCCAUCCAGCAGUGUGAAACAAUUCACGUGAACCACAACUAUGGCGGUCGGGCAGCGGAAGUUCCGAGGGGCCCUGAACGCAGCACGGGUCAGAUUAAUGUGGUGGUUUCUGAUUGGUUUGACGGCAGGAAGUAG